GUUCUUGUGUGAUACGUGUCUAUAUUGCAGUAAAAAAUUUUAUGCUGCGUUUAAAAUGAAUCGGGGCCCAAAAAUUUUAAGUAAUAAGGUUGCUGGGUACAGUAGUCUUAUAACUUUUGCAAUUUUACUAAUUGCAUGGAUUGCCGGAUUUUCAUCACGUCUUUUUGCCGUCAUACGAUUUGAGUCAAUUAUCCAUGAAUUUGAUCCGUGGUUUAAUUACCGGGCGACAGCAUAUAUGGUACAACAUGGAUGGUAUAAGUUCUUGAAUUGGUUUGAUGAGCGGGCCUGGUACCCCCUGGGCCGUAUUGUCGGUGGAACGGUAUACCCUGGAUUGAUGAUAACUUCUGGCGGCAUACAUUACCUCUUGCACUUUCUCAAUAUUCCAGUUCAUAUUCGUGAUAUAUGCGUAUUUUUGGCACCAGUUUUUAGUGGUCUGACAGCAAUUUCUACAUAUUUGUUGACAAAAGAGCUGUGGUCGCCCGGCGCUGGAUUGUUUGCGGCUAGUUUUAUAGCAAUAGUGCCGGGCUACAUUAGCCGUUCUGUGGCUGGAUCCUAUGAUAAUGAAGGCAUCGCCAUAUUUGCACUUCAAUUUACCUAUUUUCUUUGGGUGCGAUCUGUCAAAACUGGAUCUGUGUUUUGGUCAGCUGGUGCUGCAAUAUCGUAUUUUUACAUGGUGUCGGCGUGGGGAGGAUACGUAUUCAUAAUCAAUCUGAUCCCUCUUCACGUAUUUGUGCUGCUUAUAAUGGGCCGAUACUCGCCCCGACUUCUUACAAGUUAUAGCACUUUUUACAUCCUUGGACUCCUCUUCUCCAUGCAAAUACCGUUUGUCGGAUUUCAGCCAAUACGAACAAGUGAACACAUGGCUGCUUUAGGAGUCUUCGUGCUUCUUAUGGCCGUUGCUACUCUGCGUCAUUUACAGACUGUGUUAUCGCGACAUGAGUUCCGUAAACUCUUUGUCGUUGGUGGAUUGGUAGCGGCGGCAUUUGUGUUUGUAGCUGUAGUUGCGUUGACGAUGAUGGGAGUCAUUGCACCCUGGAGUGGCCGAUUCUACUCACUAUGGGAUACCGGCUAUGCAAAAAUCCACAUUCCAAUAAUUGCAUCAGUUUCGGAACAUCAGCCCACCACAUGGUUUUCAUUUUUUUUUGACUUGCACAUUCUUGUGUGCGCUUUUCCGGUUGGUGUUUGGUAUUGCAUUAAGCAAAUCAAUGACGAGAGAGUAUUUGUAGUACUUUAUGCCAUCAGUGCUGUCUAUUUUGCUGGUGUGAUGGUUCGUUUAAUGCUUACUCUGACACCAGUCGUGUGUAUGCUUGCUGGAGUCGCGUUUUCGGGAUUGUUGGAUGUAUUUUUGCAAGAAGAUACUUCAAAGAAAUUUGGGAAUUCUGCAUACUCUGUAACUGAAACUGAUGAAAAUGAAGAUCCUACGGAAAAAAAAACCCUAUACGAUAAGGCCGGAAAAUUAAAACACCGAACAAAACACGAAAAUAAUCAUGAAAAUGGAAUAAGCUCUAACUUGAAAAGCGUCGUCAUUUUGGCAAUCUUAAUGAUUUUAAUGAUGUUUGCAGUACAUUGCACCUGGGUCACGAGCAAUGCUUAUUCCAGUCCCUCUAUAGUGCUGGCAUUUCAUAAUAGUCAAGAUGGAUCACGUAAUAUCUUAGAUGACUUUAGGGAGGCAUAUUACUGGCUUUCUCAAAAUACUGCGGAUGAUGCGCGUAUAAUGUCAUGGUGGGAUUAUGGAUAUCAAAUAGCUGGCAUGGCCAACCGAACAACAUUAGUAGAUAAUAAUACUUGGAAUAAUAGUCACAUUGCACUAGUUGGAAAAGCUAUGUCAUCAUCUGAAGAAAAAUCAUAUGAAAUUAUGACUUCUCUCGAUGUGGAUUACGUUCUUGUUAUAUUUGGUGGUGUUAUCGGUUAUUCUGGAGACGAUAUUAAUAAGUUUCUAUGGAUGGUCAGGAUUGCUGAAGGAGAGCAUCCUAAAGACAUCAAAGAAAGCGACUUUUUUACUGACCGUGGUGAAUUUAGAGUAGACGCUGAAGGUUCUCCUUCCUUGCUUAAUUGUCUAAUGUACAAGUUAAGUUACUAUCGUUUCGGGGAGCUAAAAUUGGACUACAGAGGUCCUUCUGGUUACGAUAGAACCAGAAAUGCUGUAAUAGGCAAUAAAGAUUUCGAUUUGACAUACCUGGAAGAGGCCUAUACAACCGAGCAUUGGUUGGUUCGAAUCUAUCGCGUUAAGAAGCCUUAUGAAUUCAACAGGCCGGCACUAAAAGCAAAUGAAAGACUUAUUCCCCCAUCAAACUUUAUAUCUAGAAAGAACUCGAAGCGGCGUAAGGGUUAUAUUCGCAAUCGGCCGUCAGUUAUUAAAGGAAAACGAACACUGAAGUAGAAGUUAAUCUACAGUGUAAAAUUGUACUGAAAUAAAAAUAAAGUGUUUUAAAAGCUUAUUGUGGUGGACUUAAACGCCAUUACAGUUAAAAACCAAA